GUUAUAAUUUAGUGCCAUAUCAGACUUGUUGUUUGGAUCCAUUUAAGUUUAGCUUCUUUGUUUCUGUCAUUCCAUAUUGGAAUUUCCUGUCUUCUUCUUUGGUUAAUUGUAAAAUUUAAGCUUUCUCUACUGCAAUCUGCAGUGUUGAUCUGUCUAUUUGAUAAACUUUGUCUCUCUUUGUUUUCAAAAGUUCCUUGGACUUUAAAGACUAAUUAUUAUGAGGUUAUGAGGUUAUUAUUUUAUGUAAAUUAACUUUUUUAGUGCUUUCAAGUCUCAUGGGACAUGGCAUAACAGCCACGCGAUAAUAUGCCAAACCAAACACGAUGCUGACAAAUCUACAGCGAGGAAACUUCAGAGCCAAGACGCCUGAGGUUCAUUCGGAGGAACGUGGCCUUCACCAACUCGCUGCACAAGGUCAAUUUGCCAUGCUCGAACAGAGGUUGAAGGAGCACAACUCCGACGUUAACGCUACAGACAAGCACGGCCUCACGAUUCUACACUGGGCGGCUGCGUACGGACAGGCGCAGACGGUGAACUUCAUACUUGACAACAAUGCUGAUGUAAACGUCGUUGGGAACCACGAGAUGACGCCAGUGCUUCUGGCGAGCGCUCGCGGCCACGCAGACGUACUCGCGAGGCUGAUCACCGACGGUGCAGACGUGUGCUGCACAGACGAAAGCUGCACCACGGCGUUGAUGUAUGCUGCCCACGGGGGGCACCACCAUUGUGUGCAGCUGUUGCUGGAGGCAGGCUCUGAUUUCCUGGCAACGAACAGCAAUGGGAGAACCGCGUUCGAUAUAGCGAUCGCUUUCGCACACACAACGGUGCAGCAGGUUUUGGAGAAUCACAUGUGCAUGCUGUUCGAAUCUGGAUAAGUGGAUGUGAAUCUGUCCGUGUCAUAAGGGUUGGUUGUGUUUUAUUGUCUAUGUAUGUUCACGUCCCAAGUGGAAUUUAUGGAUGCGAUUUCCAUUAUGCAGAAACCCAGUUCAAAGUCCUGAUUACCAUAUGUAAAAGCUUCGUGUUGUUCAACUGAUAACCGUGAUGAUCAAGAUAUAAAUAGAAAAUCUUUUAUAAUACUUUA